AUAUCAUUUGAUGAGUAUUCAAUCCUCCCUUUCAAUUUCCAUAUCAGUGGGCUGAAUUGGCUGGAUUUGUUUAAGCUGAUCGAAAGCAGUUUAAAUUAAUGUUAGGAAUUACGUAUGUGUUUAACCUUCAUGGCCACAAGAACCCUAAGAUAGUAAUACAUCAUUGGUCAUCUUCCUGCUAGAUGAAAUAUUUUUUAAAAGGGAUAAAUACCUAACUAGGACUAAACAUGCGCCAUAUACCAAAACAGGACAUUUAAUGUUUUCAUACCAAGAUAUGAUUUAUAUUGUCAAACAAUGCCAACAAACAUUGUGAAAGGCCAACACACAAUGCCAAAUUGAGGUAUUUACAGUGCCAACACUUUUAUUUAGGGUAUAAAAACAUGUGUGGUCUUGCUUUUGUAUAAGUUUCAUGUUUUAGUUUAUAUAGGUAGAUCUCUUUUUUUAAAAUUAUACUUUGCUUUACUGUGGGCAUCGUUGCAGAAACCAAUGUGGGCGACCCACUUGGAUUCGAAGUUCAAACACACAACAAGCAUCUAAUCGGUGUCUGAAGUGUAAAUUAUUUUGAAGAAUUACUGGUAAUUAUGUCUAGCAUAUUUAUAAAAAAACAAUAACAAAAUGUUAGCCAAACAACAACAACAACCCGGAUGAAUCCCACGAAGAGUAGGGUCUGGGGAAUAACAAAAUGUUAACCAAUGCUAGUUAAAGGCGUCUGGGAGCACUUGAAGUUUCUAGCAGGUGCCUGGCAAGCCAGAUCCUAGUGUGCCUAGUUGUCUUGAUUCCUAAUGAUGGUUGAAUUCGAAUUUAACAAGGUCCUAUUUCCUACAGAGUAUGUUUUAGUGCAUUACUGCAAUAAUAUGCAUGAUUUCAUUUGACUUGUCAUUUUCAAGGUUGCAAUUAUAUGCAUGAUUUCAUUUGACUUGUAAUUUUCAAGGUUGCAGAUUAUUUUCAAGGUAGCAGAUAACAGUUUGUACUACUUUUGUUAGUCCAAUUCUGUUGUUGGUGUUUUGAUCCCUUUGCUGGUUAUUUACAGCCACAAUUAUCCUCGCAAACCAGAGAUAUCCCACAUAGUUCUUUCCAGUUUGAUUUUGAUUUUGAGAGGAAGAUUUUGGCUGAAGCAGAGAAGGAUAGCCAAAAUUGGAGUGGGCUUGUCGAUUCAGGAAGUAUUGUGACAAAUAUGUCAAGGCAGACUUCUCCAGGUUCUUCUGGAGAUCCCAUUGCAGACAAAUACAUUACUUCAGGUCUGAAUAGAGAUGCCGUUCCUCUUGCUGUUGCAAACUUCGGAGACAACCCAACAAAGGUCCGAGAAUUUGCGGAUCAUUAUACUCGCUUGAGAGAUAUGGGGUUCUCGUCAAAUGCGGUUGGAGAAGCCCUACUCAUGUUUGACAAUGAUACAGAAAAGGCUUUGGCCUACCUCCUUAACAAUAGCUCUUGAACGCUACAGUAUAAGUUGAGCACAGGGAACUGAAUCAAUUUUUUUUCUAUGUUGUGUGAAUGAAAUUGGUUUAUAGUA